AUGCGUCGUUUAAGGUCUCCCGUCUUUCCAUUGAUGAGGUUAAACGUUAUCGAGUCUGGUAAUCCUGCCUUGAAGGCUUUCCCUGAGCAAACUCAUGCGCAUCUUUCGAUUGAUAUUGCAUCAUCUUGGGUGUCCUCCCUUGGGUACCAGUUAUUCUUGCUGGAUAAUGGAUCAAUUGAGACCAGCGCCACUUUGGAUCUCGAAUCAGCGACCAUGGGACAGCUGCAGGCAUACCGGAAUUUCAUUCUGGGGCCUGAUAGUAACCUUCUCCACACCACACUUUUCUCCUUUGAGCAUUGUUCAACUUGGAUCAAUCCCCGUCCUUUCGCACUCUUCCUGAAUCAGCAGGACGAUUUUCAGCGACUGCGUUCCUUUGCAGCCUCCGAAUCACGUCCGCAUUCUCGCGCCUCGUCCUUCUAUGAUCUUGCCUCGGCCUCCAACAGCCACGCAUCCCUGGUUCCUUCUUCCCGGCCGGUUUCAUCUAUGUCCAUCCGGUCGGAUUUCUCUGACCUUGACACGGAUGUUGAUGCCCGUUCAGAGAGCGGUGUAUCAGCCCGCAGCUUUCAACUUGGUUCUGAUCUCGACUGCGCUAUUUCUCCCGUUCAAAACGAUUCUGUGGGUGAUCUCAAUGCUCCGCAGCCCAGGAGAAAGACGAUCAGGCCUCGGCGUGACGACCCUUCCAUUCGAAUCACAACUUACAAGUCAGUGAAUCGCCUCAUCCCCAUUUCUGUUGUACCUAGAACAUGGGAUGUCCCCAAUCCCGCCGAGUCGGCUGCAUAUCUGUUCCACGCAUCCACGGAGGAAGAUCAAUCCCUCCUCACAAAUGACGAUGGUACUGUGAAGGAUCUUGGGCAGCAUAUUCGAAAGGAGGAUCAAGAUUCAUGGGAUACAAAGUCCAGCGGGCACAAGACAGAUGCCGGCGAUACUGGAGUUGCUCAGUUGCUCUCAGAGUCUCCACAUCUCGCCGUUCGAUGCCGCCGUCUCACAAUGCAUUGCAACGGCCUCGAUUCUUGUGCCUUGUUUGACACUGGGCUUGUGGACAACUGUGUUCGAUAUGCGGCUAAUCCUGACGACACCCAUGCCUUGUGGGCACCCCAACUGCAUGAUAAUCAAGAAGAAGCUGCAUCUUAUCUUGCUGCCCUUGCACGAUAUUACCGACAAAUUCAUGAACUACGCUGCAAGGCAGAGUGCAGUGGGGCUCCAAAACUCGUUCGACUCUCUGGUGUCAGUGCCAUCAUUUUGGCUACGACUCUGGAUCCAGGACUGAUUUAUUUCCAGGGUCGUGUCUUUAACGGACAUUCCCAUUUUGUGGGAUGCUCGGGUUUUCGGGCUGGCGAGGAUCAUCGAUAUUCCACAAUCCCCAGCCAUAUUGACGCAGAAAUGCUACAACAUGCCCUGGAUAAUGGCGGUCAGCUCCCGACCCUUGUCACUGUGAAGGACAAGUGUUCUUUCACUUCAAAUCCACGAUUUGGUGUGAAGCAAUGCAAUUAUAGCCAUAUUAUUAAUGGUGUCAUUACGCAACCGGGAAUGAUUGAACGCAAAUGUCCAGUGAAGAUGACCAUUCUUGUCCCCACUGAAAGCGAGAAGCGGGCCGCACCAGAGCUUGCCUUCAAGGCUAUCAUUUACUUUUCUGGUCCGCACAAUCAUCCAGCUUGGCCAAUUUCGAAGUUGGGCUCUCAGGAGAAGCGACUUCUUGCCUCUGCGAUCAGGACUGUUGGUAUCCGUGGACUAACUGCAAGCCAGCUUCUGAAUACACCCUCUACUGGCGAUGUCUUUGGUUCGGCCGCGUUAGGGACAGUGUCUACUGCUCUCUUGAACAAUCGAUAUAUUCGAGGGGAGAUUUCGUCUGAAAGGAGGCAGAACUUUCCCAGGGGAACUGGUUGGGAAGGUGAGUCACUAUCUGGGCGCGUCUGCACACGCUAG